CUAUUAAACCUUUUGUUUGGUGACAUUCUCGUUGCCGUUGCUGUCGUGUUUUGCGUAAGGUCCCUAUUAUUGCAAUGAGGCAAGUGCAAGGCAGAGAAAAAGGUGAAAAAAUUGCCAUCCAGUCAUCAGGGGCAAAUAUAUUUUCCUGGUGGACAACUGAUGAUCAACCAACCUACGUGCACAUGCACAUGUAAAUAGAAAAUAAGUAAACUGAGACUUGUCCAGGCCAAGCAAAAUUUGAGAGCUGCUUGUCUGCAGGAAGUUUUCUUUGAACCCUACUAUGGGGCUUCAACAGUGAAUGAUAGUUACAAAUUAUGCAGUAAUAUUCAGUGGACACUUUGUCCAAUGUGCUUUUUGUUCUAUGGCCCUGGUUUAGGAUUCUUGAAAUGAAGAAGUGGACUGAUGAAUUACUUGUCAAGUGUUUUGCGGGUAAAUUAGGAAAUGAUUUCAUCAAAGAGGAUGAUGAUGUGGCUGAAGCUCGACUGGCUUUCUUGGAAAAGAAUAAAAGAUUCUCAGAUGCUUUAUCUUACUUGUUAAGUUGCAAAGUAACCCAAAAGAACAGGAACUCUUCAUAUCAUUAUCAUGGUGUAUCUGUAACAGCUACAGACCAGCGGCUAACAAACAUGACCCAGUACAGGAGGAAAUUUGUACUGUUACUGGCCAAAACAGGAAAGAUCAACCAAGCUCUGAAUGUGUUGACUUUGCCAGUCUCAACAGACAUAACUAAAAGUGUUAUAACAAACACAGUUCUUAAAGAUUCCAGAGGUAAUGUACCUUUUUCACAGUGCACUCUUGGAAACAUGGAUUAUUCAAGCGCUAAGGAGCUCCUCACUGUCUUUGUAACGGACAACAAUUCUACUGAGACAGGAAAGCUUCCUUCACCUUCAGAUAUACCCGAAGACACUUGUAAAAAAGCCUUGGCAUUUAUACUGACUGGAACACAGGUCAAUUCUAAUCUCCGCUUGGAACAAGCAAUGGAGUGGUACAUAAACACACUCUGUGUGACUUCCCUGUCUAAUGACUGUCCAAAUGAAAAGAGAAAGGUCAGUAUAAUGGAUGUACAUAAUUAUCAGAGUUUGAACUCAUCAACAGUAGAUGAGUGUGGGGAAGGUGCCUGUAAGGCUGGUUGAGAUACAUCCUAUGAGCCGAGCGUACAGGGUACUAACCUGGCCUAUGCCUAACUUAGGGAGGGAUGGAUUGUGAGCAAAGCCUUUGGAGACAACGUAAAUGUUAAGCAACACAAGAAAAAUGGUCUGACCUCGCACAAGAGAGCUGUAAAUUCCUGG